GAUGUUUAUAUUCAUUCAUUUUUGGUUCAUAACUUCAUAUGCAUGUUUAAUAUUGAAGAUUACAUUCAAACAGAACAGGCUUCUUUCACAAAUUUUUUUGUGAAGAAUUUUGGCGGGAAAAAAAAAGGUGACGGAUUUUUCAUGGACGUGUCUGUAGCUUUGUUGUUGUUCACUGGUGUGACUGUGUAUCUAUUGUGGUUUACUUUUAUCUCACGGUCGCUAAAGGGUCCACGUGUAUGGCCCUUAUUCGGUAGUCUUCCGGGCCUGAUCGAGAAUUCGGAUCGCUUGCACGAGUGGAUUGCUGAUAAUCUCCGGGCGUGUAACGGGACUUACCAGACGUGUAUCUGUGCAGUCCCGUUUCUGGCCCGGAAACAAGGGCUCGUGACCGUCACUUGUGACCCGAAGAAUCUCGAGCACAUACUCAAGACUCGGUUCGAUAAUUACCCGAAAGGGCCGACUUGGCAAGCGGUUUUCCAUGAUUUGUUGGGAAAGGGGAUCUUUAAUUCAGAUGGUGACACGUGGCUUCUCCAAAGGAAGACGGCGGCACUCGAGUUUACCACCCGGACACUUCGACAAGCCAUGGCUCGAUGGGUGACUCGAGCCAUUAAGAAUCGGUUCUGUCCGAUUCUGGAACGGGCUCAGGUCCAGUCUGAGCCCGUAGAUCUGCAAGAUCUUUUGUUACGGAUCACGUUUGAUAACAUUUGUGGGUUAGCUUUUGGUAAAGACCCGCAAACGUUAGCACCUGAGUUGCCUGAUAAUAGCUUUGCAUUGGCUUUUGAUCAGGCAACCGAGGCUUCGUUACAACGGUUUAUUUUACCGGAAGUUAUUUGGAAAAUGAGGAAAUGGCUCCGGCUUGGCUUGGAAGUCAGCUUGAGCCGAAGCCUUAUCCACGUGGAGGAUUACUUGUCAAGCAUCAUUAGUACACGUAGGCAUGAAUUAUCCACUCAGCUUAAAGACGGAAGCCUACAUGAUGACUUGUUAUCUAGGUUUAUGAGAAUGAAAGAAUCCUAUUCAGACAAGUUCUUGCAACACGUGGCACUCAACUUCAUCCUAGCUGGACGUGACACGUCAUCAGUCGCUAUGAGCUGGUUUUUUUGGUUGGUGAUUCAAAACCCAAAAGUGGAGGAAAAAAUCCUAAAGGAAAUUUCUACCGUCUUGCUGGAGACACGUGGCGAUGACGUGGCAAAAUGGACGGAUGAGCCGUUAGGUUUUGAAGAGGUGGACCAAUUGGUUUACUUAAAAGCAGCAUUAUCAGAGACCCUCCGGCUAUACCCGUCAGUGCCGGAGGACUCAAAACAUGUGGUCGCUGAUGAUGUAUUGCCUGACGGGACUUUUGUCCCGGCAGGCUCAUCAGUCACUUAUUCAAUAUAUUCCGCAGGUCGGAUGAAGUCAACAUGGGGCGAAGACUGUCUUGAGUAUCGUCCGGAGAGGUGGUUGUCUCCGGACGGUACAAAAUUCGUAAGGCAUGAUUCAUAUAGAUUUGUUGCAUUUAAUGCCGGACCAAGAAUUUGUCUAGGCAAGGAUCUCGCAUAUUUGCAAAUGAAGUCGAUAGCCGCAGCGGUGUUACUGCGCCACCGCCUCGCAGUGGUUCCGGGACACAAAGUGGAGCAAAAGAUGUCGUUGACAUUGUUCAUGAAGUAUGGGCUAAAAGUGAAUGUGUUUGAAAGGGAUUUGAAGGCAGUUAUGGAAAGUGUGAAGAAAGAAAAGGAAGGUGGCAAGUAGGUGACGGUGUAAGGGUGGCGCGGGUGGCGGUAGCGGUGGUUGGGGUUGUUUAAUGGCAGCUUUGAUUUAGUUUGUUGGGUUGGGUUGGGUUGAUUUUUAUCGGUAUAAAGUUUGAUGAGGUAGGUAUGAAUUUUGAAUACCAUUAAUUUACAGAUUUUGGGUCGUGGGGUGGAGCUUGUGCUUUGAAUAUGGUUCACAUGCAAUUUUCAUCUUUGUAGGUACAAUUUCAUUUACAGUUGUGCCAUUAUAGUCUUGUUUCAAAUAUGUUUUCAUCAGAAAAUAAAUAUAUCCAAGGUAAAUUUUUAAUCA